AGAUUUCCUGAGUUUCCUUUGGUUCACACCUUCAACAUGCUGACGCUAAAGCUAAGCGGGAUCCUUUUGCUGCUGAUCCUGUGCCAACAUGGUAUAGAUGCAUACGUGAUCUGUGAACAUAGAUUUGGGACCCUCAAAUGUAAUUCGGGAUCAAUAAGGGUUAUUAGAGCCACCUAUGGACGGAGCGAUCGCACAACAUGUUCUUAUGGGCUUCCAGCUUUUGCCACCACAAAUACGAACUGCAGAGCACCAGUCACCGAAAUAAUUUCCUCUCGGUGCCAUAGAAAAAAGAAAUGUGUUCUUUUUGCAUCAAACAUUCAUUUCUCUGAUCCUUGUGUUGGAACUUAUAAAUACCUGGACGUGACUCAUACAUGUGUCUAAGUGCAUCGCAAAACCAUCUUGUCAACUAAGUGCUUCAAACUCUGAUCCAUGUCAGCUGUCAAUAUCUGGAAGUGACUUACAGCUGUAAAUAAUAUUAUUUCUCCAGCCGUAUUUUAAGUUUUGUGUGUUAUAUAUGAAAUUGAUCGCUAUUAUAGAUGUUAGAUGCUGCUUUAUAAUAUUGUUUUUGGUCUAUCCAUUCACUCCUCAGCGAAACAAUACAUUGAAAUAUGGGGUUCACAAUGAAAUAAAAAAUUCAUAACAAAUCUAAUUUUACAACUUCCAUAUUUAUUUUGGAAAGCUUUAAUGAUCAUGUAUCAACAAAUGUAAAUAAUGGGAAACAUCCUGAUCCUAAAAUGCUUUAUUUUUGUAAAUGCAUAUCAUGGCUUUCUUUUGAUUUUGAGGUGAUUUUCUCUCAUAAAAAUGUUAGACACUAUUUUAUCUAUGUAAAUGUAUGAUAUAUUAAUGGAAAACAAUCAUGUGAUCUGGUGAUAAAACACUGUUUUUUCUUUAAUAUUUUCUUUAAAGCUGUUUUGUAACCAUUUGUAUUGUAUUGUAUUUGUAAUGUCGUAAAACUUUAAAAUAUAUGAUAAAACUAUUCUGACUUCAGUUUUAUUGACAGCCACACACACACUGUGUUUUGUUUGGUAAUGUUAAUAAAAAGUCUUCAGUGCAGUCUCAACAUGUCUGUCUUUUAUUUCUUAGUUGAACAUGUGUUAGGCUUCUUCUUUUUAUAUUACUUGUAUGAUACUCCACA